GGGGAACUAAAACCGUUUGGUUUAAAACAUUUAAAACUACAGUACAACUAAUUGGGUCCGUUUGUGUCGGUUUGAUUAUACAGUUUCGGAUUUUGACCAGCCGUACUGGAGAAUCCACCGGCGGGAAUCAUCAUAAUUCGGGGUUCCGGUCAAACUCUCAGAGGCAGCCAUGGCUGAUUCUCAGUCGGGUUCCAACGUUUUCAGCUUACGGAUUGUUUCGAUCGAUUAUUACAUGGCUUCUCCGAUCCCUGGAUUUGACAUUUGCUACAGCAGCUUCCAAGGUGGCGAAGUAAAGGAAGUCCCUGUUAUAAGGAUAUAUGGCUCCACACCUGCUGGUCAGAAGACUUGCUUGCACAUUCAUCGUGCUUUACCAUAUCUCUAUAUUCCAUGCUCUGACAUUCCAUUUGAUCAUCAUAAAGGAGUUGAUGGCAUUAUACCUGCUGUAUCUCUUGAGUUGGAGAAGGCUUUAAAGCUUAAGGGCAGCGCUGCUUCGAAAAGGCAGCAUGUCCAUGACUGUGAGAUUGUUAGAGCUAAGAAGUUUUAUGGGUACCACUCAACAGAGGAGGCUUUUUACAAUAGCUACCAUCCACACGAUGUGGCUCGUGCUGCCAGUCUUCUUCUGGAUGGUGCUGUUCUUGGUAAAAGUUUGCAGCCUUACGAGUCUCAUAUUCCUUUUAUUCUCCAGUUUCUGGUUGACUAUAAUUUGUAUGGAAUGGGUCAUGUGCAUAUAUCAAAGAUGAAGUUCCGUAGCCCAGUGCCUCACCAUUUCCGUCCAAGGAGAUUUGGUUCUGAUGAUUGUGUGGGACAAGGGACUGACGAAGUGGCUAAUACAAAGGCAGAUUCAAGUGCUGCUGCAAGCGUCAGUUUCCCUGUUUGGAGCUUGUCAACAAUCCCAGGUCAAUGGAUGUGGAAUCCUUUUGAAGGAUCUGAUACACCGUUGAGCCAAAGCCAGCAUAGCCACCAUUACAGACGUCAGAGUCUCUGUGAACUUGAGGGAGAUGCUACUAUUAGUGAUAUUCUCAAUCAACAAUUGAAAAUGUACAACUCGCUCUCACAAGCCCAAUCUGAUACUAAGAUGGUUCAGUCGCUUGUGGCCAUUUGGGAGGAGGAGUAUGAAAGGACUGGUGUGCAUGAUGCACCUAUACCUCCUGAUCCCGGCAAACCCUCUGCAGCUGAUGUGCUGAAGACUAUGUCACUUUAUGCUGGGUUUGAGAAUAUGCUAAAAGAAAUGCAUCAGGAACUUGGAUCAUCUCCGUCUGAUAUGAAGCCUGCUGCAGUAUCUUCAGCUGGUUCAGAUAUGCAUGCCGAACCUGAAAUUACGGAUCUGCUGGGUUUGAGUCCUAUGGUGGGUACAUGCAGUGAGUUCCCCGCCUCAGCAAAGCUAUCUCCACUUGAUGAAAGGAGUGGAGAAGCAUCAUUGGAAAAUGAUGCAUAUAUGCAAACACCCACGGACAGAGAUACACUUGCUGAAAUACAAGAUGAUGAAGCCUUGGAUCUCUUUAAGUGGUUUGCUUCAUCCCAGGCUGCAGAGGACAUAAACUCUGAUGAUGAAAUUCUCCGAGAAACCAUCCUUAGUCCUCUGUUGCCUUUAUCGUCUAUCAACAAGGUUCUUGAAAUGGCUAGUACAGAUUUUCUGAGCCAAUCCCAAAAGGAAUGUCAAGACAUUCUUGAUUCUCAGGAGGAUCGACCAGACUUCGGGAGUUCGACAAAAGGAGCUUUACAUACUACUCUUGAUAGCCAGAAUCAUAUAACUUCAUCAGACAAACAGUCUCUUGACACAGAAGUUUCUGGUGAUGUUCCAAAUAUCUCAACUUCAAAUGCAUCAAGCGAAAAUUCAUUCCAGAGAUACAGAAAGAGUGAUUUACAUGCGAGUGAAGUGAUGGAUAAUAAGAAUAGGAGCUUCUCUAGGAGCAACAAGUCUACCAAAUCUGUAUGGGGGACUUUACCUUUUUCGUUGACAAAAAAUCUUCAGAAGGACUUUGACUAUGCAAAUGCUAGUGAUAAACUCGGUUUAACAAAGAUUAGCUCCGGCCCCAAGAAUGAGAUGAAAGACAAUCUUGAUGUUCCAGUCAAAGAACAUCAAGCAGAUGCUUGUAACACGACUGACAGAAGCGUUUUGGCUGGAUGUUCAGUGCGGGACUUGAUGAGAAAAAAACGGUUAUGCCAUGGGGAGUCGCCUGUUUCACAACAUAUGAAGUUUAGGAAGGUUCUACCUCUGACUAGAGACUCCGAAGACGGGAAUAAAAAGGAGUGCAUAGCCAUCUUGAGAUCUGAGGCCAAGAGACAAGGUACUACUCUUUCUGCAGAAGUUAGUGAAUGUUACUUUGGCGAUGAUCCUCAAACUUUACCUCCUAUAGACGCAGGAAAUUGUGAGUUGAAUAUAUCCACUCAGUCAUCUGAACUUCAUGCUGUUGAUAGAUGUUCGGCUAAAGAGACAGCAGGUCAAAACAGUGAUGAAGUUUCGAGGGAAUUUUCAUCUGCCACUGUUCCACUUGGUAAUGAAUCACAGACUGUGGAAUCAGGACUAUUGGUGUCUAGCAAGAAACUUGUUGGGAUUGAUACAAAUAAUGUCCUAAUUUCUGGGGAUAAGCAAGAGUCAACUGCCGAUGUAGUUGUCGAGACAGAAAGAUUAAUAUGCCUAACUUUAAGCAAGAAGCCUCCUUCUCUCGAUUGCCUAAGUGCUGGACAGCAAGAGUCUUCACAUUCUCAUGAAAUCCCCAUCCAGUUUCAUCAUGCCAGGGACAAACAGCAUGAUGGAUGUGGUAACUUUACUCAUCUUGUUCUGAUUCUUGUUUCUGCUACUUCUACAAUCAAUGCAAAUGCGGGGAAUUCCAAGGAGAUCCCCCCUUUUUACUUGGAGGACACUGAAGUCAACGAGGACGAAAAGAAACACCUUUACCAAGGAGCUUCCAUUGGUAUUCCCUUGCAUCAUCUCAAUGACGGCUCCAAGCUUUACCUACUGACCCCUGUCUUUUCACCCCCUUCUGUGGAUUCUGUUGCACAAUGGAUAUUGAAUGACAAAGGUCCAGGAGACGUUCAUAUUGGUUCAGAGAAACAACCAUUAGGAGAUGAUCAUAUUGAUUGUGGGACGAGUUUCACUGAUCUGGCUCCUCCAUCUGACGCGAUGUCCGUGUCUGAGCACGUGGAACAGCAUAAUGGCGUGUUUGUGAAUUCAGAAUCAAAUGCUUAUACGGAGUCUGAGAUAGACCUGAAAGGCAAAGGAAAGUUUCUUGACCUUAAUUUGCAGACCAGUGUUUCUCAAGAGAUGUCUCAGAUUUCAGGCCCUGAUAGGAAAUCAGGGCCCACUCCCUUAAGUCAAACUGGAUUCCGAGAUCCUGCAAGCAUGGGGGCUGGGCAACAGCUUACGGUGCUGAGUAUAGAGGUUCAUGCAGAGUCUAGAGGGGACCUGCGACCUGACCCACGAUUUGAUUCUGUCAAUGUCAUAGCUCUCGUCGUGCAGAAUGACGAUAAUCUCGCAGCUGAAGUAUUCGUGCUUUUAUUUAGUCCAGAUAACUUGUAUCAGAGAAACGUUGAUGGCCUAUCUGGAUGCAAGUUGUCUGUCUUCCUUGAAGAGAAGCAACUAUUCACUUACUUUAUUGAGACUUUAUGUAAAUGGGAUCCAGAUGUUCUUGUGGGAUGGGAUAUACAAGGCGGAUCUCUUGGUUUUCUAGCUGAAAGGGCUGCACAGCUUGGCCUAAGGUUUCUCAAUAAUAUUUCCAGGACACCAUCUCCGGCCACGACAAAAGAUUCAGACAAUAAGAGAGAUCUUGGUAAUACUCUGCUGCCAGAUCCUUUGGUAGCUGAUCGUGCUCAAGUAGAUGAAGUGGUGAUUGAGGACGAGUGGGGCCGCACACACGCUAGUGGUGUUCACGUUGGAGGUAGAAUUGUUCUGAACGCAUGGCGUUUAAUUCGCGGGGAAGUGAAACUCAACAUGUACACCGUUGAAGCUGUGUCGGAGGCUGUUUUGAGGCAGAAGGUUCCAUCGAUCCCUUAUAAAGUAUUGACACAAUGGUUUUCAAGUGGUCCUACUGGUGCAAGAUAUCGAUGCAUAGAAUAUGUGAUUCGCCGAGCAAAGUUAAACCUUGAGAUAAUGAGCCAACUUGACAUGAUAAAUCGUACUUCCGAACUUGCUCGUGUUUUUGGCAUCGACUUUUUCUCAGUUCUCUCCCGAGGUUCUCAAUACAGAGUGGAAUCCAUGCUUCUGAGAUUAGCACAUACACAAAAUUAUCUUGCUAUUUCUCCAGGAAACCAACAGGUUGCUUCUCAGCCAGCUAUGGAAUGUGUACCUCUUGUGAUGGAACCAGAAUCUGCCUUCUAUGAUGAUCCUGUUAUUGUGUUGGACUUUCAAUCUCUUUACCCUUCAAUGAUUAUAGCAUAUAAUCUGUGUUUUUGUACAUGCCUCGGAAAACUUGCACAUUUGAAGAUGAACACCCUUGGGGUCAGUUCAUACUCACUAGACCUUAAUGUUCUUCAGGAUUUUAAUCAGAUCCUGCAGACCCCAAACAGUGUGAUGUACAUGCCAUCAGAGGCGCGCAGAGGAAUAUUACCAAGGCUGCUAGAGGAAAUUCUAUCUACAAGGAUAAUGGUGAAAAAAGCAAUGAAGAAGUUGACUCCGUCAGAAGCAGUUCUUCACCGGAUAUUUAAUGCGAGGCAGCUUGCUUUAAAGCUGAUAGCAAAUGUGACAUAUGGCUAUACUGCUGCUGGCUUUAGUGGUCGAAUGCCUUGUGCAGAGCUGGCAGAUAGUAUUGUCCAGUGUGGUCGUAGCACACUUGAGAAGGCUAUUUCAUUCGUCAAUGCCAGUGAUAAAUGGAACGCUAGAGUUGUAUAUGGCGACACUGAUAGUAUGUUUGUCCUUCUCGAAGGAAGAACUGUGAAAGAAGCUUUUGUAGUCGGACUAGAGAUCGCAUCUGCAAUAACUGAAAUGAACCCAUACCCGGUCACUCUAAAGAUGGAGAAAGUUUAUCACCCUUGUUUCCUUCUUACAAAGAAGCGUUAUGUUGGGUACAGUUAUGAAAGUCCUGAUCAGAGUGAGCCUAUAUUUGAUGCAAAAGGUAUUGAAACUGUUCGAAGAGACACUUGUGCAGCUGUUGCAAAGACUAUGGAGCAGUCGUUGAGACUCUUUUUCGAGACAAAGAACAUCUCCACGGUUAAGUCGUACUUGUAUAGACAGUUGAAACGGAUACUACAAGGGAGAGUGUCUAUUCAAGACUUUAUCUUUGCAAAAGAAGUUCGUUUGGGUACUUAUAGCGCAAGAGACUCUUCACUCCUUCCUCCAGCAGCUAUUGUGGCAACCAAAUCAAUGAGAGCAGACCCUCGGACAGAGCCACGCUAUGCUGAAAGAGUGCCUUAUGUUGUGAUCCAUGGCGAGCCAGGAGCUCGACUUCUUGAUAUGGUUGUGGACCCACUGGUUCUCCUGGACAUAGAUUCGCCUUACCGAUUGAAUGACUUGUACUACAUCAACAAACAGAUUAUACCAGCUCUGCAAAGGGUGUUUGGACUUGUGGGUGCAGACUUGAACCAGUGGUUUCUGGAGAUGCCUCGUCCCACUAGAGGCUCCCUUGGUCAACGUCCCUUAAACACUAGAAACUCGCACAGAACAAGAAUUGAUUCUUUUUAUCUCUCGAAACAUUGCUUCUUGUGUGGAGAAGUUGUUCAGGCAUCUGCUCAGCUAUGCAGCCGGUGCCUCAGAAAUGAAAGUGCUGCUGCUGCAACCACUCUUUGGAAGACUUCGAAAUUGGAGAGAGAGAUGCAACACCUAGCCACAAUAUGCAGACACUGUGGUGGAGGAGACUGGGUGGUGGAACGCGGAGUGAAAUGCAAUUCCCUUGCUUGCUCAGUCUUUUACGAGAGAAGGAAAGUUCAGAAAGAGCUUCGUGGCCUCUCCUCCAUUGCUACUGAGAGUGAGCUUUACCCUAAAUGCACGGCUGAAUGGUUCUGACAUUAUUCGGAAGAUCAUUAUCUCGAAGUUGAUUGCUUAUGUUUGAUAAGGUUGGGAUCAAAGAUUGUCAUGGACGUGUGAAUAUGUGUGUAGUAUAGAUUCAUCCGCUCACCAUUUUGUUCAGUGAGCAAUGUAGAUCUCUGUGUUGUGUUGUAUAAAGUCUUGUAAUUAUAAGCAAUUUUGAAAGAAAAAAAAGACAAUUAUAUUUCUCUGUAUAUAAAUGUUCAGAGCAACAAGAAGAUAAAUGCUCUCUAGAACCAUUCACAGGAAUCUUGAUAUUAUUAAGGGCCC